CUUUUCUGCUCUCGCAUUACUGCUAAGCUGUUUCCUCCCAAAUUCCCCGGUUUCGACCUCUCAUUGCUUCGAAUCCUCGAAAUCGGGCAAGUGUACUCCUUGCCUUUGGUUUCCUUGUCCUCUGRWUUGGAAACUAGGRUUGAAGUUAUAGCCAUUGAUGCCAAYCAUUGCCCUGGUGCAGUUAUGUAUCUAUUCCGUGGUGAGUUUGGCAGCAUGCUUUACACUGGUGAUUUCCGUUGGGAAGUAACAUGUAAAGUUGCAGAAGUUGGAAAGAGGAUGCUACUUGGUGCUCUCAAAAAUGAUAAAGUCGAUAUGCUCUACAUAGACAACACUUACUGCAACCCAUCAUAUUCGUUUCCUUCUCGGGAAGUUGCUGCUCAGCAGGUARUCAAUAUCAUCAACAAUUACCCUGAGCAUGAUAUCAUCAUUGGCAUAGACUCAUUGGGGAAAGAGGAUUUAUUACUCUACAUCUCAAAAAUGCUGAAAGUAAAGAUUUGGGUGUGGCCAGAGCGCUUGCAGACCAUGCAUCUUCUUGGAUUACAUGGCAACUUCACGACGAAAACUACUUUGACUAGAGUGAGAGCAGUUCCUCGUUACAGUUUUACUGUUGWAACUUUGGAAGGAUUAAAUACCAUGCGCCCAACCAUUGGAAUCAUGCCAUCCGGUCUUCCAUGGGCACUAAAGAAAGAUGGGUGCAAGGAUAAAUCUUGUGGUGUUCCUUCAACGAAGACAGAAAUGGGCGUCUGUCUGGAUAUAGAUAUGUCAAAUAAUAUCAAAAAACACCAUCGGUACAUCUACACAGUUCCAUAUUCCGAUCACUCCUGCUUCCCAGAGAUAGUGGAGUUCGUAAAGCUUUUAUGCCCAAGCCACAUCAAAGGUAUCGUGUCUUCGUCAUCUUCUUAUAUUGAUCCUUGUUACUACCUUCAAAACAUAUAUGGAACAUCCAGUUUAUAUAAAAAACCCGAGAUUAAGGAAGGAAGGGGAAGAGUUGAAGGCAAACGUGAGUCCACUCUUGCUUGUGGUAAUUGUAUCGAUGAGAACUUGAAGAGAAAAAGGAUUAAAGAGUAUCARUCAUGCCUCCAUAAAACUAGGGUGAGUUUGUUAAGAAGGUUUAAAUGUGGUGUGAAGCUAAUCAAUGAAGAUUAAUCGUUAACUAAACUUUUUGUAAUAUAGUUUAUGUAUSCUUUUUAUAAUGUUUUAAGUUUUUGUCAUCCUUGUUUUUGUUCUUAAAUCUUAAUGCUCACAUUUGAGAUUAGAAUAGGGUUGUAUACUUUUUGUUGACUAAUUAGUUUAACUUCUAACAGUUAUGGAUAAAUAUUUAAGUAAGAGAAAGACAAUUAUGGAUUAGKUAGAGGUGUUUAAUGAUAAUACUCAUAAACAAAAUCGUGCGGAAUUCAACUUAGACCAUCUUCAUGAAGAUCCUAGAUUGCGAAUUAGGGUUUUAUUUGAAUUUGGGACCUUGUACUUGGUUUUGAUGUGUAGCUCGAUAACCAUUAGCCAUCUCUUGGUGUUAAGUACUUGUAUACGUAUUCCUGAAUUAAAUUUGGUAGUAGAGCUUACGUGAACUUGGGCUCUAUGUGCUCAUAAAAGAAAAGAAGGUGGACGCCACCCUCUGGAGCGCCCCCAUCGCACCACUCACAUGGACGGGGAGGUAAAUCGCUACGAUUCAGCAGCAAGUGGUGGUGCCCGGAUUUGAACCCGGGAUCUCCUUUGUGGAUGCCAACCAUCCUACCACUUAGCAACACAUGGGGGCACAAUAUGAUAAACAGAAGUUAUAUUGUGACUUAAUUUUCAUUUUACUAUCAUCAGUUUGGCUUAGAGGUGUAAAUGAUGCAAGUCGAGCUCGAGUAUCACUAUACUCGACUCGAACUCGAAACCCAAUUUCCAAGCUCGAACUCGACUC